ACGCAUUUUACCACCAUGGUGCUAGAACCAAGGGUUCGAUAUUAUAUCGAAUGACGUAGUCACGAAAUCAGUCCAUCAGUCUAUUGAUCAUUGAUAACGUGAGCGUGAUAACAAAAGCAGAUUAAAGUUCGACUUCUAUAUUGUUCCCGGUGACCUGUCUGCCAGUAAAUCAUUAUCAGUGGUCAAAGUUAAGCAAGUCUCGUGUGAUUUUCCAGUUAUGAAAGAUCCUCAAUGGUUUGCUUUUUACUUCCAAUCCCACUAAAUAAAAAUUUGAUGGUCCUUCUAUCUGCACAGUGUUAAGAGAGUAAACACCCGAAGCAACUCAAGAUUGAUUAUCAAGUGUCAUCAUGGCUAAAACCGGCUUACUCAUAGGAUCUAAUCCAUCUAGAAUUUUCAAAUUACUUCCAAAAAUUCAAAAAGAAGUUCUGAAUACCUUCUACAUCCAGUAUCUGCCAGAAAGUAAGCUGACAACUCUUUUAAAACAUCAAAAUUUGCCGGGUAACCUAGGCGAUGUUUCUGGUCACCCGAUAGUUGAAAAGUAUUACAGGAACACGUUGAGUAUCAAGCAUCUUAAAGUGCGGGUUUUACUCGCAAGUUUCUCCGAUCCCCUUUACUUUUCCAAAAUAAUUACGAAGACACCAAUCGACAUCAUGUAUUUCGAUCGAGUGUUGAACCCGGAUGAAAUUAAAAUGGUGGAAAAUUUUGUUCUUAAUAAGUCAGCGUCUUUCAAGUGUGUACCAUUUGAUGACAGCAAUGUCUCCGCACCAAGUUCUAAUGAAGAAAGCAAGUCAGCAUCCGAGCUGGAUGUGAAUGCAUCAGUCAAAACUUUUUAUGACAGUGUUGUGUUAGGAGGAACAUUCGACAGACUGCAUCAUGGUCACAAAAUUCUGCUGAGCGAAGCUGUUCUUCGCUGUUGCAAAAAAUUAACUGUCGGCGUGACGGAUGUGCCUAUGCUGAAGAGUAAAAAAUUAUGGGAGCUCAUUGAAUCAACUGAAAUUCGCAUCCACAAAGUAUCAAAUUUUUUGGAAGAUGUUAGUCCUCAUAUACAGUUUGACAUCACUCCUAUCACUGAUAUGUACGGACCGACCAAAGAUGAUCCUACUUUUCAGAUGCUGGUUGUGAGCGCAGAAACUGCCAGAGGAGGAGACAAAAUCAAUGAAAUCAGGGAAAAAAAUGGUCUGAAUAAAUUAGAUGUCUACUAUGUGCCUUUGCUGGAAAAUGAUGAUUUCUACUUUGAAGAGGAAGAAUCGAAAGUUAGUUCAAGUAAUAUCAGAAUACGCCUCCUGGGAACACUGCUGAAACCACCAGAGGCCAGGCCCAACUUACCCGCAAGACCAUACAUAAUUGGUCUGACAGGAGGAAUAGCAAGCGGGAAAUCAUCUAUUGGCCAGAAAUUAAUUAAAUUAGGCGCAGGUUACGUGAAUUGUGAUAUUUUAGCACAUCAAUUGUAUGAAGUGGGCAAACCUGCUUACAAGUCAAUUGUUGAAACUUUUGGAGAUGCCAUUUUGAAUGAAGACAAAUCCAUCAAUCGACAAGCUUUAGGAAAAAUAGUGUUUAGCAAUGAGAUUGAGCUGAAUAGGCUAAACUCAAUUUUGUGGCCUGCUAUUCUGGAAGAAGCAAAGAAAGAAGCCAUGAAAUUAUAUAAGGAAAACAAGACUGAAGUAGUGGUGAUGGAAGCAGCAGUUUUGAUCAGAGCUGGUUGGAAGACUGAAGUUCAUGAAGUCUGGACUUCAAUUAUUCCAUCAGAAGAAGCCGUCAAACGAAUGAUGGAGCGUUAUCAGUCAUCCAGAGAGGAUGUAUUAAAGAGGUUAGAAUCACAGCCAACAAAUAGUGAUUAUGUUGACAGUGCCAACAUUGUUUUCUGCACCCUGUGGAGCCCUAAGUUCACUCAGACUCAAGUAGAAACAGCGUGGAACGACCUUCAAAACAGAUUAAAAUCUUGACAACUUUCAUGUUGCACUGGUUUUUCACCAAGCUUUAGAGAAGGUCCAUCAAAAGGUGAAGGUUAAAUGAACAGGACUAUUCAAUUUAUUGAUUCCUAUCAAAUUUUACAUCAUUAGUUUCUCUUAAAAUUGAAACUUAUGAAUUUCUCAGAAACAGAGCAUCCUCAACUAAUUUUUCACAUGAUGAUGCGGUUAAAAAAUAGAAUUUUUUUUAAAAUGUCAAAGUAUUUGGAUGGACCGUUGUGUCAGCAAUUUUUUUUUUAACAAUAAGCUGAUAAGCUAGAUUGUCUUCAGUGCUCAUGUAUGGAGCAGUUUUAAAACGUUCAGUUAAUUGAUGGAUUUAAUUUCUAAUGAAAUGCACUGUACUUGCUGGUCGCUGCUUGCAAAGAUCUACAGAAAUUCUGAUUGUUACUCAAAUGUAGUUCAGUUGUUACCGUUUAUUUUUCACCCACUAUGUAAAAAAAAAAAAAAAAAAAAAAAAAAAAAAAAAAAAAAAAAACAGACCAACUUAUUGGGUUUAACAGUUAAAAUCAUGAGGGUCAAAUCAACCAGAUCAAUUUUUUUUAAGGUAUAAUUUUAUAAUUGUGAUAGAUCUUUCAAGGUCAGUUCCAACCUAUGAUACAAAUCAGACUGUCCCUAUGUUUUCUUAGCCACUGAUCACCAUAAUUCAAGGUGAGUGAAAAAUGAAAUGUCAGGUAAAUGGUAGAGAAAAUCAAUCGUAGGGAAGGCUGCCAGAAGUGUUUAAUACAGCUGCAAAAAGCAGUAGGAAAGGAAUAAUUUGUUCCUCCCAGCAGAAAGUAAAUUUUACCAAUCAAAAUUCAUUAAUCCGUAAAGGAAAGGAGUUAUAAAAAUAAAUACAUAGGUUUUAGUCGGUGGUUUGAAUUUUAUGUGUGGGUGGACUGCAGGUAAUAGGAAAAUGGGUUUGUGACUAUACCAGGUCAACUCGUACUUCUAUAGAUGAAAUAUGUUUUUUUAGCGUCCAAGAAGUCUCCAGUCCUUAAGUGCCAUCUAUUUCAAUGCACUUUUAUAUGUGCUGAUAAUUUUCUUUUUUAUUUAUUUACUUCUCUCUGAAGAAAAUCUGUAAUUUUUAUUAAUUUGAUAACAUUCUGAAUUUGUACCAAAAAAUAGUUGCUACGUACUUUUACUUACCUACUGUGAUUCCCUCGCAUUUUUUGAGUCUUACUUUUUCUCCAUUCUAAGUUCAGUUCAGCUUGCUGCAUUAUCUCUACUCAGGUACUACAAUUUUGGGGAUGUUUUCUGACAUACUUGUUGAAUUCCAAAAUUCACCAGGUUGAUGGGUAAAGCUUUAGAAUUUGUAUCAUUGGUACAGUUUGGUUCCAAAGUGUAUUUUUUGUCCUUUCAGUUUAUGUUAUUUGAUAACAACUGUACUUGAUACUUCUGCGCUAUUUGUGUAUUCAUUGACUCGUCAUAUUCUACUUUUAAAGUAUUUCAACAUAAUGAAUGCAAUUUAGUGCCAGACUUACGAUUUUGUGGAUUUGGACAGACUACAGUUUGCCCCUCCUAGAUUCUGACAGUGAUGACUUUGAAAACUUGGGAGGGAAAAAAAAUAAAAAUCAAGUCUUCAUUUGAAACCUGUCAUGAUGCAAUCAUUUUUGUCAAUAAUGGAAGGCAUGUCCUUUAAAUUGAGGGUUUUGAAUCUUGAAAUCUUUUUAAAAGGCUCCAUCAUAGAAUUAAAAACACUUAUUGUCCUGAAUGAGGUACGGCUUGUA